AUGUCUGUGGAUGCUCAGGGAUUGGACGAGGGUAGCAGCCGCCGCCGCCGGCGAACGCCACGGGAAAUGAAGGAAGACAAAGACGGACGGCGAGGCCACCGUUAGCAGUCCUCGCCGCUCCGGGCAAUCACCGUCGCGGCGAUCGUUUGCCGUGGUGGUGCAGUGGUUAGCGCCAUGUGGCUCCAGUGCUGCCGCCGGGUGGCCCCUCCGCUGCUGCUGACGACGGCGCUGCUGCUGCUGCUCCACAAACUCGGCCCCCCGCCACACAGCCUCCUCGCUCGCGGGCCCCCCACAAAGCUCGAUUCCUCCGCCUCCUCGGGCCGCGUCCUUCGCUUCGACUCAUUCGUUCCCGACCCCUCCCCCUCCUCCUCCCCUCCCACCACCGUGGGGGGAGGGGAGGAGGGGGAGGGGGUGGCGGGGGCUGGCGCCCAGCAGUGCCGCGAGGACCCCGCGGUGGCCCAGAGCACGCCGGAGUUCCAGGCCCUGCCGUGGGCCUACCGGCAGCACCUCCUCUACCGACACUGCCGCUACUUCUCGCUGCGCAUCGACCAGGCGGGCGCCUGCAGCGGGCCCCACGGCGCUCCCUACCUCCUGCUGGCCAUCAAGUCCCGGGUCCAGGACUUUGGUCAUCGCGAGUUGGUGCGGCAGACUUGGGGGGCCCUCGGCGGCACCGGCGAUGGUUCCGUGUGGGGUGCCGGGGGGGACCUCCGGGUGCGCCGCGUCUUCCUGCUGGGAACGCUACCAGACUCCGGCAACGCCACCUUCUGGGACGAGUUCCUGAGACACGAGAGCCGCACCUACGGCGACCUCCUCCAAUGGGGCUUCCACGACACCUUCCUCAACCUCACGCUCAAGGAGACCAGCUUUCUCCGCUGGUUCCACGAGCGCUGCCCGCGCGCCUCCUUCGUGCUGCAGUGCGACGCUGACAUGCUCGUGAGCGUCCCCAACGCCCUCGAGUUCCUGCGCGGCCCCGACCUCGACCCCGACGAUCACCUCUUCGCCGGCGACCUCAUCGUGGACGCCCGGCCCAUACGCGACCCCCGCAGCAAAUACUUCAUCCCGGACUCCGUGUACGGUGCCGACCGCUACCCUCCUUACGCGGGCGGCGGCGCCUUCCUGAUGUCGCGACGCACCGCGCUUGCGCUCCGGCACGCCUCCGACGCAGUCCCGUCGUUCCCCAUCGACGACGUCUUCCUGGGCAUGUGCCUCCUGCAGCUCGGGGUCAGUCCCCGGGCCCACGCUGGCUUCAGGACCCUGGGCCUUGACCGCCCCUCGGGACGCAAGGCCGAGGCGGGGGGAGGGGGCCUUUGGGCCGGGGGAGGUGCGGGGGUGGCGAAGGUGGCGAGGUGCCUACUGAGGGACCUGGUGGCCGUGCACGGACUCACGCCCGCCCAGGUGUGGCUGGCGCACCGCUUGGCGGCGAUGACGGGCGGCUGCAGGAGGAGGCCUUCGUCGGUGGUGAGGGUGGUCAGGCCGGGGCGGUGGUGGAGGAAGGACUAG